AUGCCGGCGGCCGCCGCCGCGCCUCUGAUCAGCUGCGUGCAGAAGCUGGUGCUGUACGAGACCAGGGCUAGGUAUUUUCUUGUUGGAAGUAAUCCUGCAGAAACCAAGUACCGUGUUUUGAAAAUAGAUCGCACUGAACCAAAGGAUUUGGUUAUAAUUGAUGAUAAGCAUGUGUAUACGCAACAAGAGGUGAGGGAACUUCUUGGCCGCUUAGACUUGGGAAACAGAACGAAGAUUGGGCAGAAGGGCUCUUCUGGGUUAUCCCGAGCUGUCUCUGCUUUUGGUGUAGUAGGUUUUGUCAGGUUUUUAGAAGGCUACUAUAUUGUGUUAAUAACUAAAAGAAGAAAAAUGGCAGAUAUUGGAGGUCAUGCCAUAUAUAAAAUAGAAGAUACAAACAUGAUAUACAUUCCAAAUGACUCUGUAAGAGUCACUCAUCCUGAUGAAGCCAGGUAUCUGAGAAUCUUUCAAAAUGUGGACCUUUCUAGCAAUUUCUAUUUUAGUUACAGCUAUGAUCUAUCUCACUCCCUUCAGUAUAAUCUUACUGUUCUGAGAAUGCCGCUUGAGAUACUAAAAACCGAAACAACUCAGACCCGACAAGAGAGUUUUGAUAUAUUUGAAGAUGAAGGACUUUCAGCACAGGGUGGAAGUGGUGUAUUUGGAAUUUGCAGUAAACCUUACGAAAAGUACGUGUGGAAUGGGAAGCUGUUGGAGGCAGUAAAAAAUACUGUUCAUCGUGACUGGCUGCUGUAUAUCAUUCAUGGAUUUUGUGGGCAAUCAAAACUGUUAAUUUAUGGUCGCCCUAUAUAUGUCACUCUGAUAGCCAGAAGAUCAAGCAAAUUUGCUGGAACACGUUUUCUGAAACGAGGAGCAAACUGUGAGGGGGAUGUUGCUAAUGAAGUGGAAACUGAACAAAUCCUUUAUGAUGCAUCGGUAAUGUCAUUUUCUGCAGGGAGUUAUUCUUCCUAUGUUCAGGUUCGAGGAUCUGUCCCUCUGUACUGGUCUCAAGAUAUUUCAACUAUGAUGCCUAAGCCACCCAUAACACUUGACCAGGCAGACCCUUUUGCACAUGUUGCUGCCCUUCACUUUGAUCAAAUGCUUCAAAGAUUCGGCUCUCCCAUUAUUAUUUUGAAUCUUGUGAAGGAACGUGAAAAAAGAAAACAUGAAAGGAUUCUUAGCGAAGAACUUGUUGCCGCUGUGACAUAUCUCAACCAGUUUUUACCCCCAGAGCAUGCAAUUAUAUAUAUUCCUUGGGAUAUGGCCAAAUACACAAAAAGCAAACUUUGCAAUGUGCUUGAUAGAUUGAAUGUGAUUGCAGAAAGUGUAGUAAAGAAAACUGGAUUUUUUGUGAAUCGACCUGAUUCCUACUGCAGUAUUUUGCGGCCGGAUGAAAAGUGGAAUGAACUGGGAGGUUGUGUUGUUUCCACUGGACGCCUGCAGACUGGAGUUCUCCGAACCAAUUGUGUGGACUGCUUAGAUCGUACUAACACAGCCCAAUUUAUGGUGGGAAAAUGUGCUUUGGCAUACCAGCUCUACUCAUUGGGACUGAUUGAUAAACCUAAUUUACAAUUUGAUACAGACGCUGUUAGAUUAUUUGAAGAAUUGUACGAAGAUCAUGGAGACACACUUUCUCUGCAAUAUGGAGGUUCUCAGCUUGUCCACAGAGUAAAAACCUAUAGAAAGAUAGCUCCAUGGACUCAGCAUUCCAAAGACAUUAUGCAAACACUCUCAAGAUAUUAUAGUAAUGCUUUCUCAGAUGCAGACAGGCAAGACUCCAUCAACCUGUUUCUGGGAGUAUUCAAGCCUACGGAAGGGAAGCCUCAUCUCUGGGAACUACCUACAGAUUUUUAUUUGCAUCACAAGAACACCCUUGGUCUAUCCCAGACUAGGCGAAGCUAUACUUACUGGUGGACCACUGAUGUGCUGAAGCAUUUACCUCUUCCUUUUGAUGAAGUGACAUGUGCUGAAAACAGACGCAAGUUGACAGUGAAGAAAUUCCACAAGUACGAAGAGGAAAUUGAUAUCCAUAAUGAGUUUUUUCGGCCAUAUGAGUUGAGCAGUUUUGAUGAGACCUUCUGCUUGGCAAUGACCAAUUCUACACGGGAUUUUAUGCCUAAGAAUAUGGGGAUUGAUCCAAGCCCAUUUACUGUUCGUAAACCUGAUGAAACUGGAAAAUCAGUGCUGGGGAACAAAAGUAAUCGGGAAGAAACUGUGCUGCAGCGCAAAACUGCUGCUAGUGCUCCGCCACCCCCAAGUGAGGAGGCAGUGUCAAGUAGUUCUGAAGAUGAUUCUGGGACAGACAAAGAAGAUGAAGGAGCUGUUUCUCAGCGUUCUACUCCAGUAAAGGUGACUGAUACAGGAGAUAACACAAAAAUCACAGAGAAUGUAGUUCAGUCCACCAAAGAUGUGUAUGGAGUUAAUCUUUCAGAUGUUCCUUCAGAAGAUGAUCUCACAAUAUACACAAGAUUUGUUCAGCUGGGACAGAGUCAACAUAAACCAGACAAGAGCAGCCAGCAAUUUUGCUCAAAACUCCACUUGGAUAGAGUUAUAAAUUUAAUACCAAUCUCCUCCUUUUCUCAAGAUAAUAUUUAUGAAGUCCAGCCUCCAAGAGCUGAUAGGAAAUCAAUAGAGAUUUUUCAUGCGCACAUUCAGGCUGGAAAAGGAAACAUGCAGCCACUGGGAAAAGAGGACUUCCUCAUGUACAGAGAGUACAUUCGAAAUAGAUACCUCUAAAUACAAGCUGGAUUCUCAUGUCAAGUCUACAGUACUGAUAGGUCAUAAAAAAAUAAUUUUAGAUAGGAAAUCUAACUUUGUUAUUUUGCAAUAAUAAAUUUAUUUAUCUAACAAUUCUAUCUAUUAUGGUUUGCUAUUACACAUUUACGGUAUCAUGCUUUACAGGAGAAAAAGUGAUUUAAUAUCUGCUCUGCAGCUGGAAGAGAAAAGUAUUAUUUAAGAGAUUAAGUGAAUAAUUUGAGCACCUGUAAUAAUGGAAAGAUAUGUAGUGAUUUAUGGCAAAGAAAAUACUGUGUCCUUAGGUUUUUAUAUUACUUACAUUCUUACGUUUGCUAGCAAAGAUGAAAUGAUUUGUACAUAAGAAUCAGAAUAGAAUAUUUUUCUUCCUCUUUGUUCUAUGACAACGAUCUUUUUUACAAUCAAAUGUUUGCUGAUAUUUCUUGAGAUUUUUAGCAAAUUGAGUGCCCAAAUGACUGCUUGCACUUUGCUGCUUUCUUAAACAAAAGGAAAAAAAAAUGUGGUUUAUGUAAAAAUCAAAAUUUGCAUCUAGACUAACAAAUAUUGUAACUCUAAUCUAUGUCAAAUUAACUUCACUGGUUCUAGUAGCUACAAAAUCUGUGCUAUGUGCAGGGUGAAAAUGGCUUGUGAAUAAUUAUUGUGGGUUUCUAGUAGGCUUCUGAGGUGAACUGCUUGCUGAUUACAUUGUAAAUGAGGGAACACUCUUGGCUUUAGAGUCUUAGUUGGAGGGUGCAAGACCAGCCUGUAAUUUUGCUGUAUGACAGGCUUUACCCUAUUUGCAGUAUCUUUUUUCCAUCCUUAUAUUUAUGCUCCUCUAGGAUGCUUCCAGAUACAAGCCUACAGCCUCCAAACAACUCAGUGUCACUAAGUGGUGUAGAGAGACUGGAUCAGCUGGGGUGGUCAUGCAAGAGAAAGCAGUAAUUGGGUUUAGGGAAGACUGAACAUCAUGUCCAGUGCUAUAUAAGAAGUGGAAAGGCAUCAGGUAUUUGAAGUAGAUUGUUUAAUUUGGUCUUGUGAUCAAAACAUUUUCUCAAAUAACAAAUAAAACGCACACACACAAAAACUUAUUACUUGUAAGUACAAGCUAAAAUUCCCAGCACUGCUUUCUAGCCCUUUGCCUUGAGGAACACUGACAGCAACAACAGCAUCCUUGAUGGAUUAUUUUAUUCCACGUGUUUGUACAGGCCAUAUUUCAGAAUUUUCUGGACUAAGUCUGAAUAACUUACUUGGGGAAUGUCAGCCAACUGCAUGUACUAGAUGAAGAGAACACGUUUGUGUUCACAGUAAGUCGCUUGCAGGCAGCUACUCCAGAUUUUUGGCUGCAUGCUGCAAACAUAUUCUGCAUAUGUUUGCAUAUCUCAUGCAGUCAGUAGCAUUUUUGUCAGUAAUUCAACUAAAAAAAAGAGAUGCAGUGAACAAAGAGAUUUGAGUUUCUUGUGGGGUCUCUGUGUUUCAGGAAACGAUUUGUAUGCGGACAGUCAGAGAAUGUGGUACCUCAAGCUACCAAAAAAUGUUGGUGUCCAUUCUCUGUUGUUAAUUGAUUAAUAUUGUUUUGAGAGAAAUUAAGGUAUUUUUGCAGGUGCAAGAAUGAAAACACACUUCAGAUAAUACUUCAUUGCAACUGGCAACCUCUUUCCUCUGGAAAAAUAACAAAAAAC